AGAUACUGACGAGCCCACGGACCCUCGCGGCCGCAGCAUCCCGGAAGAGAACAUGCUUGCCAAUUCAGCCAGCGUGCGGAUUCUCAUCAAGGGGGGCAAGGUGGUGAACGAUGACUGCACCCAUGAGGCUGAUGUCUACAUUGAGAACGGCAUCAUCCAGCAGGUGGGCCGCGAGCUCAUGAUCCCCGGAGGCGCCAAGGUGAUCGAUGCCACCGGGAAACUGGUGAUCCCUGGAGGCAUCGACACCAGCACCCACUUCCACCAGACCUUCAUGAACGCCACGUGCGUGGACGACUUCUACCAUGGGACCAAGGCGGCACUAGUGGGAGGGACCACCAUGAUCAUCGGCCAUGUCCUGCCUGACAAGGAGACCUCCCUUGUGGAUGCCUAUGAGAAGUGCCGGGGUCUGGCUGACCCCAAGGUCUGCUGCGACUACGCCCUCCACGUGGGGAUCACCUGGUGGGCACCCAAGGUGAAAGCAGAAAUGGAGACGCUGGUGAGAGAGAAGGGUGUCAACUCGUUCCAGAUGUUCAUGACCUACAAGGACUUGUACAUGCUUCGGGACAGUGAGCUGUACCAAGUGUUUCACGCUUGCAAAGACAUCGGGGCGAUCGCUCGAGUCCAUGCUGAAAAUGGAGAGCUGGUGGCCGAGGGUGCUAAGGAGGCGCUAGAUUUGGGUAUCACGGGCCCAGAAGGAAUUGAGAUCAGCCGCCCAGAAGAGCUGGAAGCUGAAGCCACUCACCGAGUUAUCACCAUUGCAAACAGGACUCACUGUCCAAUCUACCUGGUCAACGUGUCCAGCAUCUCGGCCGGUGAUGUUAUUGCAGCUGCUAAGAUGCAAGGGAAGGUUGUGCUGGCCGAGACCACCACUGCGCAUGCCACGCUGACAGGCUUACACUACUACCAUCAGGACUGGUCCCAUGCGGCCGCCUACGUCACAGUGCCUCCCCUGAGACUAGACACCAACACCUCAACCUACCUCAUGAGCCUGCUGGCCAAUGAUACUCUGAACAUUGUGGCAUCAGAUCACCGGCCUUUCACCACAAAGCAGAAAGCUAUGGGCAAGGAGGACUUCACCAAGAUCCCCCAUGGAGUGAGCGGCGUGCAGGACCGCAUGAGUGUCAUCUGGGAGAGAGGCGUGGUCGGAGGGAAGAUGGACGAGAACCGUUUUGUGGCCGUCACCAGUUCCAACGCAGCCAAGAUUCUCAACCUGUAUCCCCGCAAGGGCCGCAUCAUCCCGGGAGCUGACGCCGACGUGGUGGUGUGGGAUCCAGAAGCCACAAAGACCAUCUCAGCCAGCACCCAGGUGCAGGGAGGAGACUUCAACCUCUACGAGAACAUGCGCUGCCAUGGCGUGCCGCUGGUCACCAUCAGCCGGGGCCGGGUCGUGUAUGAGAACGGUGUCUUCAUGUGUGCCGAGGGCACCGGCAAGUUCUGUCCCCUGAGGUCCUUUCCAGACACUGUCUACAAGAAGCUGGUCCAGAGAGAAAAGACCUUAAAGGUUAAGGGAGUGGACCGUACUCCCUACUUGGGGGAUGUAGCUGUCGUAGUGCAUCCUGGGAAAAAAGAGAUGGGAACACCGCUCGCAGACACUCCUACCCGGCCCGUGACCCGACAUGGGGGCAUGAGGGACCUUCAUGAAUCCAGCUUCAGCCUCUCUGGUUCUCAGAUCGAUGACCACGUUCCAAAGCGAGCUUCUGCUCGGAUCCUCGCUCCCCCCGGAGGCAGGUCAAGCGGCAUUUGGUAAAGGCACUGACCAGUCUCCCCACCCCAAGUGAGGACGCACCGCUGCCACCAGCCCGCACACCCUCCUGCUGCAGCUGCAGGGACAGGAGAGGCUGGGCUGGGCAGCUCACCACCUGAGGGGCCACAGGACCCGGGAGCCCUCCCCAUGUCUGACACGUGAUUCACUGUGCUUCGAGCGACCCUAACAGGCACUUUGAGAUGUGUUCCUCCUGCUGCAGUCUUUUCCUGCCCUGGCCUCGUGGGGCCCAGGAAGCCCACUAUGCACAGAGCCCAACGCAUAGAGCCCGGCCCAGUCCCUCCUCUCACACCUGCCUCCACGUGCUGGCUUCAGGAAAGCCCAGACUUGAGUGCCCUGCCCCUGGCUGGCUCGCCAGUUGUCCAGAGCACUUUAGCAGAUGUGUUUUAACAGGACUCCUUUCCCCAUCCCCUUCGGCCCCGUGGUCACCUCUCAAGUUAGACAGGUGUUAGAUGCCCAGCCAUGCCCAGAAUGUCCUGUUUCUCCUGACUCAACUCUGACCCUGUGUGGAUGGGGUUGGGACACCCUGGGUGUGGGUGUGGUUGGGACACUCUGCGUCCUUUGCCAGCUUCUUUGUCUCCCCACCCCGCCCUCUGGGAAUCACACCCAGAAGGGCUAGCCGGGCGGGAUGCAAGGCUGGUGCCAGGCGCGUGUACAUGAUUUUGUUUUGCACGUUUGGUUUGCGCAGUGGUUUGGUUUGACUUGUUUGUGCAUCCUGUGAAAAAUAACGGUGCUUUGUGUCAUAGCAUAGCAUAGAAACAGGAGUAGAUGUGGACCUUAGGAGAUGCUGCACUCCACCAACCAGCCAGCCCAGGGAACAGGUGGGGCUGGUGCUACACUCACAGACCCUCUCGCCAUAUGGAGUCUUCCAGGCUGCCACAGGCCCUGUCCCGGGGCCUAGUCCCAUCCCUUCCCCUCCUGGCCUACUUCCCUACAUUCUGCGAGGGUGCUGGGAUGCCGGCCCUGGAGACGUUUGGGGAGCAAGAAGGCCUUUUCCCGUCUCUGGCCGCAGUAACACCCCCAAACACCCAGCUUCCUGUAAACUCCCCCUGCUGGACAGAGGCCUGGCUGCUCCUCCUAUGUGAUUGGCAAGAGGCCCCGUGUCUGCUAAGAGAGGGGGAGCGGGACUAGGGGGAGUGGGCUAGCGAGGUACCAGGGAAGGAGACCAGGCCGGCAGGACCUGACUGUAGGGCCCGUGUUGCUGCGCAGAUGCUCUAGUCUCCUGUGGACAGCACCCUGCCCGCACCGGCUGUGGCCUCCAUCUCCUCCACGUCCAGCUGGGCCCUCCCUGCCUUCUAAGUUCCAAGUUUCCAUGGAAACUAGAGGUUGAGUGAUCUCCAUUCACCCUGAGUGGACUGGGAAGUGACCCAGGCGCCUGCCCUCGUUAAGCCUUGUCCUCCCCUCCGGGAAAUGAUUUCAUGUUGCACAUUCAGUUUGAGCACCCCAGGCUGUGCAUGGCUCCUGGACUCGGGCUAGGGUCAUACCCUGUACAUUUCUAUCAUGUUUUCAAAGCACUUCCAUAGACAAGCUCUCAAAUGCUUCUCACAACAGAGCAUGUAUUAUCCUCUCCAUUUCAAAGAUGAAGCCCAGAAAAGUUAGGCCUUCUGACCCAGAAGUGUCCAUGAUUACCCGUAAGAGCUUGGCUGUCUACCCCAGCUGUGGAAAGGAAGAGUGGGGUGAUGUUCCUCGUAGUUCCCACAAGUUCAACCAGUUAGAAGACUUACUCCCCGGGUAGGCAUUUUGCUUUGCUUUGCACAAGUAGGCAGGUUGUUGUCAUGAACAAAAUGAUGCAUAUCCACUGUUUGAGCCAGAACUAGUUGCAUGUUGGGGGUUUGCCAUGUGGUCUGAGCUGCCUCCGCACCCUCAUUUGUCCCUUCAUGCUCAUCUUCCUCACUUAGGGGCUGAGAUGACAGAGACCAUCACCCAGGGAACCGAGGCAGCAAAGGCACUCAUGGAGGGUGGCAGCAUGGGGACAGAUCUGGGCCUGGGAAACCAUGACACGGACUUGGUACAGUGCACGUCAUCUUGAUCUCUUUCAGCCCUGGCUGCAUCCUGGGCCUUGGGCAGAUGCCAAAGAGCCAAGCAGUGUGGUGGCCCGUGGGCAGAGUAUCCCUGCUUGGGCCAGGAAAGCUUUACCUUCUCUGAGUGCCUCCACCUGGGAGAUGCAUGGCCUAGGGCUCUGGGAGACCACAUCUUAGAGUGGCCCACCGUAGGCCUCCCACUUCACCCACUCCUGAUCCUUACAUAGACCCCACCCUUGCCCAGGAGCUUCUAGAUGAAAAUCAGAAGGAGGUUCAAGGGACCAAAUAAAUGGUCAGCCCCCACCACCCGCUCCUUGCCCCGUGCGGGGCUCCAGCCAGCUCCGUCACCAGCCCCACUGGCUCCUGGUUGCACUGAAUGCAGCUCUCAAACUGGUCUUGUACUUGCUGAAUAAAUACUGUUGUUCUUGCCUUAGCUGCUCUCUAGGUUUGUGGGGUUAAGUUACAGAAAAUUGUGCUACUGUGCGUGUGCGUGUGCGUGUGUGUGUAGUGCUAGGAGUCCACAGUAGGUCUCUGUCAAGCCAAUGCCGUGAUGAGGGCUUUUCUAAUACUGACUCGGAAACCACAGAACCGUGCAGAAACCCAAACCCCUCUCCAGCUGCCUGGGCAGCAGCCACAGCCUGGGAUUGGGAUGGACCCUCCAGCACCCCGGCACCCACCUGAUUUUCUCACUCCUCUGUAAAAGUCAUGGUGCUAAGAUUGUGUCAACCCCCAAGCCAACACAUGGUCCUGUGCUUUGGCCACCCA